UCCUUUUUUGGGUAAAAAAAAAAAAAACGAGGUUGUGUGUCCAAGCCCAAGAGGAGAGCGAGGGAGCGAUCGAGAAAGAGGAGAUCGGACAUGGCGAACCAAGCGGAGGCAAGCCCGCGGAAGCGGAAGGCCUUAGAGAGUGAGCUUGGGAUGGAGGCAGCUGUGGCAACUGAUAUGAAGCAACUGGCAGCAGAGGAGGCAGCGGCAAUAGUUUUGAACCCUAGUAACAGCGUUGGAGCAGGCGCGAGCGGCAGUCGUGAGGUGUUUCCACAGGAAUACGAUUGGUCCUGCUGCAGAGAUGAUGAUAUCAUGCAGCAGCAAGCUGCCAUUAGGGAGGAGGCCAUCAAGAUUCCCUAUGUCGGAGACAAGGAGCCACUUUCUUCCUUAGCAGCUGAGUUUGAGUCAGGCAACCCCAUCCUCAAGGAGAAAAUCCGGUUACUUUCGGAACAAUAUGCAGCACUGAGGCGAACACGCGGAGAUGGAAACUGCUUCUAUAGAAGCUUUAUGCUUGCUUAUCUGGAGCACAUUCUAGAAACACAGGAUAUUGCUGAGGCUAAGCGAAUUACUGGAAAGGUUGAACAAUGUAAGAACACUUUGCAGAGCCUUGGCUACACCGAAUUUACAUAUGAGGAUUUCUUUAGUAUAUUCAUGGAGCAGCUGGAAAGUGUUCUGCAGGGGAAAGAAGCUUCCAUAAGCAUGGAGGAGCUUUUAUCAAGGAGCCGGGAUCAAUUUGUCUCUGACUAUGUUGUAAUGUUCUUUAGAUUUGUCACGUCUGGCGAAAUUCGUAAAAGAGCAGAAUUUUUUGAACCAUUUAUUGCUGGUUUGACAAAUACAAGUGUUGAUCAGUUUUGCAAAUCAUCUGUGGAGCCUAUGGGUGAAGAAUGCGACCACGUGCACAUAAUUGCUCUCUCAGAUGCUCUUGGUGUGGCAAUACGAGUCGUGUACCUGGACCGGAGCUCAUGCGACAAGGGUGCGCUGGCUGUUAAUCACCAUGACUUUGUUCCUACUGCUUCGGCCGAUGAGAGUACAGAACCUUUUGUUACAUUGCUGUACCGUCCUGGCCAUUACGACAUUCUUUACCGCAGAUGACGAUGACGGCGAUUGUAUUCGUAAGCAAGCUAGCUGCCUCUUGGACUGGCUGAUUUCAAAACCAUACAGGACUUUGCUUCAGCUUUAUGGAUUUCACAGGUCAUAGUGCUUGGCUAAUUUUCUCUUAAGAUCGUUGCAUCAAACAAGUUGUUUAAACUCGCCAACAGCUGACUCUUACAUAUAUUAUUUCCUUUUGUUGAGAUUCCUUGCACCGUAGGGCUAAUUUUCCUGCUAUCAUUUAUUUGACAAAUGACAAGUACAAAUCUUUCAUUGACCAUUU